AUGCAAGCGUUGGAAAACGUGUCACCCCGCGACUUGGUCCCACUGCGUGAUCAAUGGCGCACGCAACCAUCCUUCGUAAACCGAUCUCCUGCUACCCUCUGUUGGGCAGAGGGCGUGUGGAAAGAGGCUCAAUUGAAACCUGAAUUCCUGGGUUUAUCGUCGUGGUCGAAUGUCGAGCCAACAGCCGCUGCAAGUCGGCAUAACUUAUCAGCCACAUCCGCGAUGUCUCAAGAAUCUUUCUAUUCGAUAAAUGCUUGGGCCCGAAACCGGCCCGGAGACCUUUUUGACCGCCUUUCCUCCUAUUCCUGUAGCAGCACAGCUCUCGAGCCAUCUGCAGGCAAAAAUACGCCCUAUAUUUAUGCAAGCAGCUCGAAACAAGCUUCACUGAUGGUCCAGCGAGGCGACGGCGCGGAUAGCAAUGCCUCAGCUUACAAUAUGUCCGUUCCGCGUACGGUCCCUUCCUUGGCAGAAUUGUCUGCCUCAACACGCUUCUCGGGCUCGAUAAACACGGAUCUCGCCAGCGAAAUCGAUCUCCGUCACAUCCUCCAUACGGACGACAACGACAAUCUUGUUGCUCCAACAAUGGGAAGCCCCUAUACCUGCUAUUGCAUGUUCCGUCUUCUCGGUUGCAAAAAGAUGUUUGAUAACGCGGAGGAAUGGAAGACCCACGUCACAAGCCACUUCAAACUGCAGCCCGUGCCGUUGAGCGUGGCCUGUCAGAUUUGCAAGGAACCGUUCCAUAGCGCCGAAAACGGGGAGGCAUGGUGUCGAAUGCUGGAACAUAUUACUACUCAGCAUUUCCAGCAAGGGCACACGCUGAUGGGAACACGCCCUAGCUAUGAGCUUAUGCACUAUUUGUACUGCAAAGGCAUUGUAUCGCAGGAGCAACUGAGGCUCUUGCAACAUGCAGACCCGGAUCCAGAACCGUAUGGCUCCGGCCGCCAAUCAGGUGUUGGUUCGCCCACUGAGCCUUAUUUCGUCAGCGUCAACAGUCGACGCGAGCGUCGAAUGAGAACAAGAAAGAUCUGA